CAAAGAGAGAGAGAGAGAGAGAGAGAGAGAGAGAGAGAGUAUGGGCAACGUAGCAGCUUGCCCUAAUAACUCUUCCAUACGCGCCGCCGUCGACGGAGGUCUGAAGACAAACGGCCACCACCAGAUGACGACGAAGGCGGAUUUGAAUGGUUGUUUUCAAAUGCCACUGCACUACCCGAGGUACAACAAAUCGGACUACGAGAAGAUGCCCGAGUGGCGAAUCGACGGUCUGCUGAAAGAAUACGGGCUGCCCGUUGGAGGAGAUAUUCUUCACAAGAGGAAGUUUGCCAUGGGAGCAUUUCUUUGGCCCGACCAACUUAAUUAGAUCAUCAUUAAAAUUAUAAUAACCUAAUUAUUUUCUGUCUGUGUGUGCUAUAAUUAAGUAGAAAUAAUUAUAAAAAAAAAUAAUUCAAUAGGUUUUUUUUUUUGUUUGGUGAGAUUAGGGAUUGAUGAUGCUACAUCAUGUAUUGUGUUAAUUACUUAUUUUAUAUAUUGUUCACUUAUGGUGAAAAAAUACUUGAUUUAUUUUACCCGGUGUAGCAUCGAUGGGAUAUGAGAAUUUUUUGUUAUAUUGUUGUGUAGAAAUAUAGAACUUUUAAUUAAAGUUGUUUUUGGGUUUA